CAAAACCAAACGAUACGUUUGGAUUAAGCACUUUUGCACUGUUAGUAUAUCCAGCGGUAGCAUUAGAAAGGGCUUAAUUCUCAAUGCAGAUUUCUGUUGCUUUCCAAGGGGCUCUUCUGGGUCUCUGGUUCUGCUUCUUUGCUGCAAGCUUCUGCUAUACCAAUGGAGAGACCAUUGAGGUAGCUAGAGAACAAGCAGCAGCCAAAGCUUUUUCAGAGUUGCAAAAAGCAGAAGCCGCAGAAGUCAAUGAAGAAGAGAAAUUUAAAGUGCUUCCACACAAGCCAUUCUUCAAGAAGCCACCUCUCCCUAAGAUUCCCAUUGUAAAGAAGCCAUUUCCACCAGAGCCCUUUUUCAAGAAGCCAUUGCCACCCCACAUCCCAAUCUACAAGAAGCCACUCCCGCCACCAGUUCCGGUCUUCAAGAUUCCUCCCUUUAAGAAGCCUGAUUAUCCGCCGGUUCCGGUUGUGGAAGUAAAGCCAUUUCUGAAGAAGCCAUUUCUUCCUCCACUUCCAAAAUUCAAGAAGCCAAUUCUACCACCUAUUCCUGUUUACAAGAAGCCACUUCCUCCACCAAUUCCAGUUUACAAGAAGCCGUUUCCCCAUCCUGUUUUCAAGAAGCCGAUUCCAACAUUCAAGAAGCCGCCAUUUCCUCCACAUCCAUUCCUUGGGAAGCCAUUUCCUUCUAUUGUUCCCUAAAGCUAGAUUAGCUCGUUUCCCCUUCCAAAUAAGUGAUGAUUAGCGUAGAAAGGUAUUUAUGAGUAUAUAAUAAAGUCCUACAUGGAUUGUAACUUUAUUAUCUUGAGAUUUUGUGUUGUGUUAUUGUACUUGUUUAGUUUUGCUGUUAUGCAGCUACCUUGUAAUACAAGCUUUGCAUUUAUAAAAUAAAAUCUGAAUGAGAUCAGCAGCACAUUGAUAUUUCCUGAA